AUGAAGUACUCCGUUCUUUUAGGUGCCCUUGCCCUGAAUCUGGUGUCGGCGCUCGCGGAAGACGACGACAGUAACGUCGUCACCACCACUGUCUACGGCACAACCACUAAUACCCACAGGUACGGUCGUUUCGACAAGACCAAGGCCUCUUCCGAGGAAACCUCUAGUGGAACCCACAAGUACGGUAGAUUCAACAAAACCAAGGCCUCUGAAGAUACCACGUCCACUGGAACCCACAAAUAUGGCCGGUUCAACAAAACCAAGGCAUCCGAAGAUUCCACCUCGACCGGUACCCACAAGUACGGAAGGUUCAACAAGACCAAGGCAUCCGAGGAGUCCUCGUCUACCGGCACGCACAAGUACGGCAGAUUCAACAAGACAAAGGCUUCGGAAGAGUCCACGUCCACUGGAACCCAUAAGUAUGGCCGGUUCAACAAGACCAAGGCCAAGACCACCUCCACUGUUUACAUUGCCGAGUCAAGCGCUGCUGUCGAGCAGAAACAGCAAGUUUUGACCGGCUCCAACUCGACCUCCAACUCGACCUCCAGCGCAGUGAGCUCUUCCAGCGCAGGAGCUGCGCACGCUUACGGUCUGUCCAUGGGCAUGGUUGCUCUUGGAGCUGCUGCCGUUUUGUUGUGA